GGGCACUCCUCCUCCCAGCCUGAUCAGGGAUGCCAUGCUAGGCUACAGAGCUCUUGUUGGUUGUUUUCCGGACUGGCUCCCAGCCUAGAAAACAAAGUCCCCAACCCAAAGCGAGCGGGGAGGACGGGGAGGGCAGCCCUGCCGUUCCUUCCUGCUGCCAGUGGCGUUUCCAGAGCAAUGGGACUGGAGAGGUCGAGCCCGUGGAGCUCCUGGAUGAAUAGGGGCGACGAGGACGUCCUGAAGUGGGCAGAGCAGCAUUAUAAUGACCUUCAGCAAAGGGAUUAAAGUUUGGCCAUACCACAGUGCGCCUCCCAGGUUGAAAUCCCUUCCCCAGUCCUGUACCACUGAGCAAGGGACUGCAGCCCUAGAACAACACACAUUCUGACAAUUUCCCCAUCUAAAAUACUUUUAGACCCAGAAUUGAUAUUCUGCAAGCAGAGGACAAGAUUUUGCCAAGUUGGGAAGAUUUUCUUGAUGCAGAAGGACUGAGGAGUGCUCCUGCUCACUGAGCGUGGCCAGGAAGGGAUGGAACAGCAGGCAACCUCGCCAGAGCAUUUGAGAGCUGAGCUCACAGGUGUGUAAGCUGCUUACAGAAGGAGGGACCAGUAAGCUCUUCAUCAGGAUGAACAAGUCCAGGGGAGCCUCUGAGAGCCCAGAGCUCUGGAGCCCAGGCUGCACGCAGAGCACCUCCUUGACCAGCGCAGCACCAGCGUUUGCAUUUGGCCAUGAGGCCACAGACACAGCCCUGAAUGCGAUCCUUAUCGUGGUCCUCUUCGUUAUCAUGGUGUCUCUGGGGUGUACGAUGGAGAUAGCCAAGAUCACAGCUCACCUCAGGAAUCCCAAAGGCGUAGCUGUUGCUGUAAUGUCUCAGUACGGCGUGAUGCCCCUGACAGCGUUUGUACUGGGCAAGCUCUUCCAGCUGGGCCCUACAGAAUCCCUGGCCAUCCUCAUCUGUGGCUGCUGCCCGGGUGGAAACCUCUCAAACAUCUUCAGUCUGGUGCUGAAAGGUGACAUGAACCUCAGCAUUGUAAUGACCACAUGCUCAACAGUCCUGGCAAUUGGACUCAUGCCUCUGCUUCUGUAUCUCUACUCGGGAGGACUCUAUGAGGGUGAUUUGAAGGGCAAGGUACCUUACAAAGGAAUAAUCACCUCCCUGACCCUGAUGCUAAUCCCUUGUGCCAUCGGCAUCAUCUUGAAUGAGAAGAAACCACAGUACACCAGCUUUGUCAUCAAGACAGGGAUGGUUGUGCUUCUGCUGUCAUCUGUUGCAAUAAUUGUUCUAUCUGUGGCCAACGUGGGAAGCAGCAUCAUGGUCGUCUUCUCACCAUCCCUCCUCGGAUCCUCUGCCUUGAUGCCUUUUAUCGGAUUCCUUCUGGGCUACGUUCUCUCUGCAGUCUUCAAGCUUAAUGACCGCUGCAGGCGGACAGUGUGCAUGGAGACCGGCUGCCAGAACGUCCAGCUGUGCUCUACCAUCCUCAAGGUUGCCUUUGCCCCAGAAGUCAUCGGCCCCCUGUACUUCUUCCCACUGCUCUACUUGAUGUUCCAGCUUGGAGAGGGCCUUCUGCUCAUCCUGGCCUUCAGAAUUCACGAUGGAAUAAAGAAACCCAAGGAUGUGACAGAAGAGAUCUGUGCAGCCGCGGACACAAAUACUGCUGGAGAAAUGAAACCAGUAUCGAGACUCUGGAGAAACAGCAGGAAACCAGGAAAAUGGCCCAGAGAGAUUCUGCAGCAGUCGGUAUCACAGCUCCCCAGAGCUCCACCUUCUGCAGCUGGUUUACAGGUUUCCAGCAGUUCCAUGUAA